AUGUCCUUCAAAUUUCAAUUCAAAGUCGAAGAUUUGAUAUCGGAAGGAAGAGUCAACAGGGAGAAUUUCGAGGUAAUCAAACAAUGGGUUAAAGACGAAAGGUUUGUUCCUAAAGACCUUCCAGAUGAAAUGAUUGUUUUAUUUUUAAUAAGCUGUGAACAUAAUGUGAACAUGACGAAAAAUACCAUCAUGUCGUAUUUUAAAUUGAAGAAAAAUGCACCCGAGCUUCAUGAUAAUCGUAUUGUCAAUUCGAAAGAGAUGGAUUUGAUGAUGGAAGUGUGGACUAUAGCUAACUUUCCAAAAAGGACAAAGGAAAAUUUCGUAAUACACUACUUUAGACUAGAAGACGAAGAUUAUAAGAAAUUUGAUACCGCUGCCAUGUUAAAAGCAACUUUAAUGCUCAUUGAUAUUUCCCUGGAUAAGAAAAAUCCACCAGAUGGGCUUAUUGUCAUUUGUGACAUGUCAUUGGGAUCUGGAGCUGCUUGUGGAUGUCGGAAAAGUAACUCAUACUGUAGCAUACUGUUCACAGUGCAGCGAAAAUAG